UGGGAGGGAUGGGAUCUGGAUAGGGUACCAGAGGCAUGGAUAAGAUCCUCCAUUUUACUCUGUUGUUUCGAGAGGUUAGAAAAAUCUAGAGGAAUGGAAAUUGAGCGGGAGAAGAGAUUUUUAUUUUUACUCAUAGUUCUACAAGUACAGACUAUGUCUUUCACUGCAACCCAUCGCCCUGCCUCAGACAUCUGCGCAACUCACGUAAUCUUGCCAGGUCCAAAAGGUGAGCAGGGUGAAACAGGUGAUUUGGGUGAACCUGGGAAAACAGGAAAACUGGGCCCACCUGGACCUAAAGGGUUGACUGGUGAAUCUGGUCAGAAUGGAGAAGUUGGACGAAGGGGUAAAAUCGGUCCAAGUGGUUCAAAAGGUGACAAAGGGAAUAAUGGUAAUCCAGGACCUCCCGGAUUGAAAGGUGAAUCAGGCAGCUUCUGUGACUGCGGAAGGUACCGGAAAAUCGUAGGACAAAUGGAUAUCAACAUUGCUCGUUUGAACAACACAAUGCGCUUUGUAAAGAAUGUUAUAGCAGGUAUCAAAGAGACAGCAGAGAAAUUCUACCUGAUUGUGAAAGAAGGGAAGAAUUACAAUGCUGCUCUUAUGCACUGCAAAGACAGAGGAGGAUCACUGGUGAUGCCAAAGGAUGAAGAAACAAACACACUGAUUGCCGCCUAUGUGAACAAGACUGGUUUGUCGCGAGUGUUCAUUGGGGUGAAUGACUUAGAAAAGGAAAGACAAUUCAUGUACACUGACUCUACCCCUCUGCAGAAUUACAGCCAUUGGAGACCAGGGGAACCCAACAAUGCAUUUGGUGGUGAGGACUGUGUAGAAAUGGUAAGUGAUGGAGGUUGGAAUGAUGUGGAGUGCCACCUCACCAUGUACUUUGUCUGUGAAUUUUUUAAAAAACUUUCAUGAUCUAAAAGGAAUCUUAUGCUUUACCAAAGGUAACACUCACUAGUAGCUCAUAAUAAAAAAAACCUAAUGUUCAUAUUUUUGGUUUGUAACGUGGGGUUAUAAUUAAAUACAUUUAAUUAGACCAACCAAUUAUAUAUUAACUCAUAACAAUAUGUACAAAGAUUUUCAAUUUAAAAGGAGGAUGUUGGGGCAAAACAUUGAUCAAAGAUUUACACUUCCGAUUUGGAAUUUGGCUGUAUUGAACAAUAACUUCUUAUU